AUGGCGGAGCAGGAAGAGGUCGAUCCUCGGUAUCUCUGGAUUUUGCCGCGCCAUCUCAAGCUGAAAACGGACCUGACCCAGCAACUGGAAAAUACCCCGUUCUUCCUGUUCGACCCUUUCGAUGUGCAGAAGUCUUUCUUAUACUUUCUCAACUCCGUAGAGGCGAACUCCAUGGACGGGUGGCUGUUAUUCAUACCCCCAGGUCGCCUAAAGUCCAUCCAGAACGAACGAGACGUUUUCUGUAAAAAGGAGGACGUAAGCCGCAUCAACGCAUCAGUCUACUUUCGUCGGAAGAUGUGGCUCGGGUCUCUUCAGCAUGUCGGCCUGGACGUUCGCGGCGGUCUAGGAAGGUUCAGCAAGCUCAUGGACGAACACUACGACAAAGGGACGCUUCUCCCAACAACCUCCAUCAUAGUCGUCGACGCAGAAAAGGCGAGCAAAUACUUCGACAUCGGUAUGCAAGUCUCUGCUACUCCGUCAUACCCCCAAACACUCCAAGAGGCCGCAGAACGCUACGCUCAAAUUGCAAAACUCGUCGAAGACGCCAAUGGGACCACGCCAACAGUCAAGGAACUAGACAAGAAGAUCGAAGAGGCCACGGAUGCUAACGUCAUCUGGGAGCUCAAGCGGGAGAAGUUCAGGGUGCAGAUCAAAGAGAAGUACAAGGAGAUGUUGCUCGAUAUGGCGGUGGAGGAGAGGUUUGAGGGAGAGCUUGAGACUAUCAGGGAGAGGAAAAGGACGCGGGUGGGUGGUGGGUGA